ACACUCUCUACUCCCAGAGACGUCCUUAUACUAGUGAAGAUGAGGCCUGGAAAUCCUUUCUUGAAAAUCCCCUUACAGCAGCUACCAAAGCUAUGAUGAGCAUCAAUGGUGAUGAAGACAGUGCAGCUGCCCUUGGACUGCUGUAUGAUUACUACAAGGUUCCAAGGGAGAGGAGAUCUUCAACAGCUAAACCAGAGGUAGAACAUCCUGACCAAGAUCACAGCAAAAGGAACAGCAUCCCAAAUGUGACAGAACAAUCGCUCAUUUCUACUGGAGAAAAUAGAGUCCAGGUUCUGAAAAAUGUGCCUUUCAAUAUUGUCCUUCCGCACACACCCCAGAUGGGCAUGGACAAGAGAGGUCACCUGACAACCCCUGACACGACCGUCACGGUUUCAAUUGCAACGAUGCCCACUCAUUCCAUCAAAACGGAGACUCAACCCCAUGGCUUUGCGGUGGGCAUCCCUCCAAGCGUCUACCACCCUGAGCCCCCUGAGCGGGUGGUGGUGUUCGACAGGAAUCUCAAUCCUGACCAGUUCAAUUCCAGCACUCAGCCCCAGAACUCUCAGAGACGAACGCCAGACUCCACCUUCUCAGAGACUUUUAAGGAAGGAGUACAAGAGGUUUUCUUUACUGCUGAACUGAAUCUCCGGAUGGCCAACAUGAAUUCAGAAGAUUAUGUUUUUGACAGCAUUUCUGGGAAUAACUUUGAAUACACUCUGGAAGCCUCCAAGUCCCUCCGACAGAAGCCUGGGGACAGCACGAUGACUUACCUAAAUAAGGGUCAGUUUUACCCAAUCACACUGAAAGAAGUCAGCAGCAGUGAAGGAAUCCAUCACCCCAUCAGUAAAGUCCGAAGUGUCAUCAUGGUGGUGUUUGCUGAAGACAAAACAAGAGAAGAUCAACUCAGACACUGGAAAUACUGGCACUCAAGGCAGCACACAGCCAAACAAAGAUGCAUUGACAUAGCCGACUACAAGGAGAGCUUCAACACCAUCAGUAACAUUGAAGAGAUCGCAUACAAUGCCAUAUCCUUCACUUGGGACAUCAAUGAGGAAGCAAAGGUCUUCAUUUCUGUGAACUGCCUCAGCACAGAUUUUUCCUCUCAAAAGGGAGUUAAAGGCCUGCCCCUGAAUCUUCAAAUUGACACCUACAGCUACAAUAACAGAAGUAACAAACCAGUCCACAGAGCCUACUGCCAAAUCAAAGUCUUCUGUGACAAGGGAGCAGAGAGGAAGAUCAGGGAUGAAGAGCGAAAACAAAGCAAAAGAAAAGGCAAAUGCAGUGACCCCAGCUCUCAAUUGAAUGCCUUUUCUGAAGUCAAAGUGCCAAUGCUUCCCUCGCACAAGCGUACAGACAUCACAGUCUUCAAGCCCUUCAUGGAUCUAGACACUCAGCCAGUCCUCUUCAUUCCUGAUGUUCACUUUGCAAAUCUUCAGCGUGGUGCUCAUGUCCUUCCUGUUGCUUCAGAAGAAUUGGAAGGUGAAAGCUCCAACCUGAAGAGAGGAGCUUACAUUGGUGAAGAGGAUUUUAUUGCUACUCCAAAUAAGAUGGCCAGAAUAGAGGAACCAAAAAGAGUGUUGCUGUAUGUCCGAAAAGAGUCGGAGGAAGUCUUUGAUGCACUUAUGCUGAAGACACCCUCUCUGAAAGGUUUAAUGGAAGCUAUAUCUGACAAGUACGAUGUUCCUUUUGAUAAAAUAGGAAAAAUCUUCAAAAAAUGUAAAAAAGGAAUUCUGGUCAACAUGGAUGAUAACAUUGUGAAGCACUAUUCUAAUGAAGAUACUUUCCAGUUGCAGAUUGAGGAAGUUGGAGGAUCUUACAAGCUCACUCUCACUGAGAUUUAAGAUCAUUGAUCCUCUGUGGAUUUUUAAACGAAGGUCUCAAGUGAACAUUUUCCCAUAAUGUAGUAUGUUGGGUAAAACACUAAUCAUCUGCUCCAGAAGAAAGCCAGGUGUUGACUUCUUCUGGGAAUCAGAGCAGUGUUUUUGUUUAAUACAUUUGUUUCUGUUCUUCCCAAGGAACACUGUAAUGCUCAUGACCUUAUUUGCACUUGAAAUGAGCAAGCAAAGAUCAGGAAUUAAAUAGAGAGCAUGUAUAAAACACUAGUAAAUACUGGAGGGGGAAAAACCUCUGGAUGGUGGCUUUUUAGAGUGGUGAUAUCUUAUUUAUCUAUUCAGUAUCCAUGUUUGAGCCUGUCGUCAACUAAUAACGUUUUAUUGGACUAUUUUCUGCUAGAUACAGCUGCAAAACUACUACUUGAUACUAGUAGGAAUUGCAUGCAGGUUGGAGAAAGACUUUACAAUGUUUACUCUUGAACAGGGCAGAUUGUUGAAAUCACUUGGUUAAUUUGGGGGGAAUGUAAAACUGCCUUGCUUAUGAAGAACCCGCCUUAGUAACUGUGUGAACUCGUCAGAUGAAGCUAUAUUGUAUAUAAGUGCAAUAUAUUUUUGAAGGUUUGUAAAUGUGUACAUACAAGUGAUAUAUAAUAUAUAAAAAAUAUGAUGUUCAUGUAUAUACGGUGAAUAUAUACAGUGAAGCCCAUCUAAAAGGAUGCCAUAUACAGAGAAAAACCAAUAUUUAAUGUAGUUAUUUAAAAACGGACAAACCCUUAACAUGCACCAAAGGUGAGCACGCGCUUGUAUGUUCAAAGAACGCACAGAGACCUACUUGUUCAGCAUGUAUUUUCCUACAUGGAAGAAAAGGUACUGAUUUUCUUCUAAACCCUUCUGUUCAGGCAGGUGAUGGUAGUUCUGGCUUCUGCUAAGAGCUGCCAGUUUGAGUUCUGAAAUGGCUGUGUUACUGCUACUCUUGGAGGUGGUCUGGGUGUCCAAGUCUGAGAGGAUGGUCCCAAGAAGAGCAUGUGCAGUUUCCUUGAAAUCUCAGUACUCAAGGUUACUUGAAAACUCAAUCUGACUCAGGGUCAGAAAGAAACUCGCGUGGAUGGUGAAUUACUGUGUAGCAGCAUACUUCAGUCUCCUGCAAACUUUCCGUGGAGUCUAGCACAGCCGGCCACAGCAGCUCAGGCUAGGUGAACCCAUGCGUUCCCGUGUGCAGGGUCCUAGGAUGUCAACAACUUGACCUUUGAGAAAGGAAGGCCACAUCCCAGUGCGGUAAGCCAAGCAGUAGCAGGGAAACGGGGGCUGUAAGCUGGCAAGGGCACUGUUCCUCGUGUACAUCACAAGGCAUCAAGCUGAGGGGGAGAGACCAAAAAAGGGCAGCUGGGAGCAGAAAUCCUGAGUGUAGUCCCACUUGGCAACAGGGAUUGCUGAAAACCUCAAAAACUGCCACUCUACCGUAGACUGUAAAAUAUUUACUCAUCAGGUGUUUGUGCUUAUGAAGCAGAGGCACUGUGUGAUUAGUUGCAAGGGAGAGAGAGAGAGGUAAAUGGCAACUCAUCUCUAAGGCAAAACCUGAAUCACAGGGUGGAAUGUGACCAUCACUUGCAGAGAUAAGGAUGAGUGCUGAGUCUGGUAUCACUCACGUUUUCACUCAAUGAUCUUGGUAGUGGAAGAGGUUUAUAAAACUUUCAGACAACGCAGAGCUGGGAAGAGCUGCAUGCACAUUGUGUAGGAUGUGAAUGAUCUGGAUAGGCUGGAGAAAUGGUCCAGAAAAGCAGGAUACAAUUCGGAAAGGACAAAUGUGGAGUCCUGCUUCCAGGAAGGAACAAUCAGCACCAAUGCAGGCUGAAAACCAACUGCCUUGGUUGCAGUCCUGCAGGAAAGGAUCUGGAGGUGGUUGAAUCAUAACUGAAUGUCAGUCAGCUAUGUGAUGCUGUUAGGGAGGAGGAGGCACAUGCCACACUGAGUUGUAUAAACAGGAGCAUAGCCUGCAAAAAGUAUAAGACUAGCCUUUUGCUCUACUUGGCAUUACUAAGACCUCAGCUGGAAUAUUGUCCCCAGUUUUGAGCCCUGCCCUUCAAGCAGGGUGCAGGUCUAUCUGAUACCCCGGGAGAGUGGCCAGACUGCUUGGUACUCUAGAGAAUGUGGCCUGUGAGGAAGGAUUGGAUGAGUUGUGUGGUGAGGCGUCGUCUUCAGAAGGGGAGACUGAAGAAAGCAAAGCCUUCAAAUGUGUGAAAAUGUUCUCCAAGUCCAUUGCAAAUAGAAGUAGUGGGCUUAAAUUGCAGAAAUUCAGGUUACACAUUGAAAAGUGUUUUUUCUAGCAACAAGAGCAGGUUGCCUAGAGAGGCUGUGGAGUUUGACAUCAGCAGUCCUUAGAGUCAGGCUGGAUGAACGUAUUUCUGGACUGUCACAGGUAUAGUUGAUUCUGCUUUGGUGCUGAGACUAGAAGUCCGCUUGAAAUCCCUCCCCACACUUUUUUGAUUUUUGCAUGAAUUAUAGUAUUCUAGGAUCUGUAUUUGGACCAAUCCUGAGCUGGUUCAUUCACCAGUCCAUUCCCCCUCCCUCCCUCCUUCCCUCCCCCUCCGUUUCAUUGCCGGCUCUGAGGCUUGCUGACGUUCUGGGCACUGUGUGCUCUUCUGUUCGCUCUGUGAUUAACUCCCUGGGCUGGCGUUGAGCAAAUGCCGCAUGAUUACAGCGAGGACUGCGAGCGUGUGGAAGCAGCCUGUAGGUUUGAAACCUAAGGAGAGAAGUGAGCCUGUAGCUUCUCCUGCACAGCACUGGGGAGACUGUGCAUGCAGAUGCAAUCCCAUGUAGGAAUCCACGAUCUGCAGAGCAGGGCAGCAAUUAGAUAUAUACCAAGCUGAUAUGAACCUGCCAUUUGGGCUUCCAUUCAUGAAUUAUGGGGAAUAAUCUUAACUAUGGCAAGGGAAUUUUUAAACAUGAUACAUAGAAAUACAUAUAUAUUUACACAUUUUUAUUGAAAAAUGGAAGUUUUAUUACAGAAACUUGGUCUAGGGUCAGGGAAGUAGAUUUAGAGUUUCCAUAGAGGUAGAAUGGACACGAACAUUAUUUCUUCUUACUGUUUAAUGAAGUAUGUGAACUAAAUUUGACAAUUGUUUUCCACUAUAAGAUAUUCUGGGACACGGGUCUUAUAACAGUAGCAGCUAUGUCAUGUAUGUUUUAUGAAACUUGAUUUUUUUGUUUUGCCUGCUGUUUUUAAUUGAAAAUGUAUUUUAA